AAUAUAUUCGAGUUAAACUUCAUCAAAUGGCAACUAUCGAAGAAAAACAUAUCAACCACAUCACCCGACGUCAAAGUUCUGUCACCUCAAACAACGGUAUUACCCGUAAAACUACAAAAAUUAAAAAAGCAAAUCAACAACGAUAGUCAAUUUAUAAAUCUUACAUUUCAAGAACCGAAACAACCAGAAGAGCAACGCCCCGGUGAAUGUGUAGACAACAUAGAGACACUCGAAUCACUCAUUACAUAUCUCGACAAUCUUCCCGAAACAAUGAUUCCCACAACCCCUACAACGGCAACACCUGUAAACACCCCCACCCAUCGCAGUAGGGGUAAAGAUAUCAACCUAGCAAAACAAGUAUACGAGACAGAAUCAACAACCGCAACAACAAAACCCAAAGUGACCCGAAAACGUAAACGCGAUAGUGGUAGACCCACAAAGGAUGAAACAUUAAUACGUAUAGACGAUGAAGAUUUAUGUGCCCUACAACUAUCACGCCGUGAACUAACUUUACCCGACACAAAAGGUAAAUGCAAAAAAUCCAAAACAAUCCUUACAAAACUCAAACAAGAUAUCACAGUUACCACAAUGAAACAAUUCCAAACAUACGAACUAUUCGCUGACACACGAGCAAAAGCCCUAGAUACCAUUCGAGAGAAUCGGGAGCUUUUGGAGAAAAUCAACGCCGCCGAAUUUGUACUAACAUCGCUACUAAAAAAACAAUCGGAAGAGGAUAAUAAUCAUAAUGACAGUAACUAG